AUGAUUGAGCAUGUAAAAUGUAACUGUACAAAGUACAGUAUCCCAGAGAAUGACUACUAUGAACCCCCAAUAAGAGUGUCCACUAAGAAAAAUGAUAUAUUAAUAGCUGUUAUGAGCAAUAGAAAAAAUGUAGUUCUACACAAAAUAGUAAAGGCAGAAUUAAUUUAUUCCGACACAAUUUAUACUGGAAUACAGAGUAGAAACAAAAUUGUAGGACUAGAGUGGUCAAGACAGAAUGAGUUACUCAUAGUUACCAUUGAUAUGAAAUGUGUCAUUUAUAAAAAAAAAAAAGAAAGUGAGAAAUGGAUAUGUACUAAUGUUAAUAUUCCAACAGAGGAAUUACCUACAUGUGUUUGUUGGCAUCCAUAUGCCUAUUCUUUUGCCAUAGGAUUUUCUACCGGAAAUAUAUUUAUUUGUUCAAAAAAAGAAAAGGAAAAAUGGACAAUAAAACAAAUUGUAAGUCAUGCUGGAAGUAUUUUAUUUUUAGAAUGGGGUUCUUCAGGGUAUAUAUUGUCUACAACGUCCAUGGAUUCAACAGCAAGGAUUGUAUGCACAUUAGGCUUGUCAGAUGAAAGAUCAAAACAUGAGGAACAAUACGGAGCAUAUGGGAACAUUGAAGAUCUAAUCGCACAAAGGGAUUUAAAAAAUAACGACAUAAUAUGCAAGAUUGAAUGUGAAGGAUAUGUCAUUUGUCAUAGUUCUUUUUCCUUAUCCAAUGAAAAAGUGGCAAUAAUUGCUAACAACUUUGAGAAUAGCUACGAAAAACAACAAAUAAUAAUAGCGGAUUACUGUAAAUCACCCGCUAAUAUUCAGUUCGUUUCAUGGGUUGGUCAGACAUUUCAAAAGAGUUUGUUCUUCGGUGAAGACAAGCUAUUAGUGUAUGGCUAUGAGAUAUUUCCAAUUAUUAUUGACUGCGUGAACGGUGAGUGGGUUAUCUCAAAGGUGGUAUUACCAGAAUUCACUAUAAAAAAUUUAAGUUUUGAUUUUUUUUAUGAUAAGAAAAAUAUUCAAGAUAUAGAAAAAGAAUGCAAUCAUAUAAAUGGAAAUGAAGUUACUGGAGAAAUUAUUCCCCAUUCAAAUAGUAUUUUACAAAUAUCUAUGUUGGAACCAUAUGAAAGUAAGGAAUACACCCAAUUUAUCACAGCAUCCAGUGAUUUUAAUAUCGUUCUUUGGACUUUUAUUUUCUGA